AUAUUUCCUUCGACAUUUCGCGCAGCUAUCUGCUGCCAGGGUGACACCCGAUGUCAAGCGUUCAAAAUGAAUUUUUGGUGAAGAAAAUCUGUUCACUUCUUCACCAUCAUGGUAUCAAUGAUCUUCAUUCAAAAUCACUAGUGUCGUCAAAUAGUUCUUCAGAAAUGGACAACAACGAAUAUUGCGUCAGAAAGUCUCAAAUCGCCCAAGAAUAUCUCAGACUGAAAAAAAUCGAAAUGGCUUCUAAGAAUUCUGAAGAACCACCUCAUAUCUUCUCAUCAACCAAAAAAGAAACAGUUGAACAGAAAAAGUCUUCAUCAACAGUGUUCCUAGAAGCCACUUCUUCGGAUAAACUAGGAUCAGAUCUCGGACUCACCAUGAUUCUAGUCAACAUUGUAAUUUUUGUAGUGUCGUUAAUUUUUUGUUCGAUCGCCAAGUUUUUCGCAGCCGUCAUAUGUAAAUAUAUGAAAAAAACUGAAGGAGUUCAAUCUAAAGAACCCGAAAAAAUUGCACCUGUUGAACCCGUCCCUAUCGGAGACACCAUUAGAGGAAGAAUCGUUUCUCUAGCUGCUGUCAGCGAGGAGAAAGUGCUCAAAACAACGUCCAGUUCGAAUACUGAACUCAGAGAAAGUUCAGAUCAAAUUUGUCAAACCAUAUUCCACACUUCGGUUCCUCUUAAAUACGAUCAAGCCCUCAGAUCGGAAUGUUCAAGGCUGAGGGAAGAACUAUUAACGGUGCAAACGAAUUCCAUCAAAGAGCAUGCGUUGCUCUCGAGAAAACUAGAUGCUGUGACCAAGGAGAAGAGAGAUUUGAACAAACGAUUGAAUGUGAGCCUGAAAGAGAACAACGUAGCAAAAACUCAGAUAGAGGAGCUGAUGGAGGAGAAGAAAGCCCUACAGAAACGUUUGGAUAACGUGACUAAAGAAUCGCGGCUCAAUACGAAGACCAAGAAAAUAGCUUUGGCCAAACUGGAAGAGAUAUCUGCAUCAGUAGAAGAUUUGAAAGGACAACUCGAGCAGGUCACUCGCGACAAGGAAAUAUUGCAAGGGAAGCUCCGAGUGCUCAAAAAUGAGUACGAGAAGAUGCAAGAACGUCUGAGAUUGAUGCAGUUGAAGGAAACUCACAGAAUGAACGAAGACAGAGAGACAGUAAGGCAAUUGGAAAGGGCAGAAAGAGCUGAAAAAGAUGGAAAUUCAAAUGAAAGCACGAACGAGAAGCUGAACGAAGAACAGUCUACUGCAGAAUCUAGCCAGUCUAGUUUAAAUCGAAUUAUAAGCAAAGAGUCUGUUUUUCUGCCUUACGUGAUAUCUCAAACAGAACUGGAUAUGAAGAAUAUACAGAUGAAGAUUCUUCAGUUGGAGAAAAGUAUGAAAGGAUUUGGGUCUAGAACAAAUAUUUUAGAGGAAAUAUCCAGGUUUGACGAAGAUGCAGAACAGAACCUAGCAGAAUCCAUCAACAGAUCGUCUGAAGAAGCUGAAAAGCUCGACGAUAGACUUGGUUCGGUUCUUGCAAAAAUGAAAGCAACAAGGGAAGAUCUGACCUGCAAAAAAACAUACGAUGAAAUAAAGGUUCAGAUGUUGCGGAGUGCUCUAAAAGAGAAAAUCAAAAUCCUCGAAAAUAUUAAAGAAAGGGGCGACGAAUCAUCGCGCACUGGCUGCUUGUCGGAAGCGACCACUGUGGGUGACGAAGAGUUCGAGAUGUCCUCAGAGGAAGCAUCCUCUUCGCCCAGAUUCCUCAGCAACUCGCAGGCCUUUCAGCGGUUCCUGAAGAAUAUCGGCGCUGAAGCGACAAUGGUUAACAUCGGCGAUAGUAAAUUAAACACAGAUUCCAAAUGAAAUGAGAAAUUCCAGUGAUUCGGUGAUAGGUAGUGAAGAAAUAAAUUAUGACGAAUUCGAA